AUGCGCUUCUACAUUGCCUUUCUCGCUACAGCGGCGACGAUCCUUGUCAGCACCAACGCAGCCACCGUUGAUGCCCAGCACAACUGGGUUUCGAAAACGACCCCGGAACUGGUCACUACAACUCAUAUCGACGUUAAGCGCUCCCUACGCUCCCACCAGCACGAGGAUGAGAGCAAUGAUGACUCUGCCAGCCCGCAAGUAGACAAGGAAGAACGAGAAAACGGGAUAAUGUGGAACAAGUUGAUGAAAGAUAUCAAGGAUCCCAAUAAAUUCAUUAAGGCUGAUCUCACGCUACUAAGUGCCAAGCAGCUGAAGCAUAUCAAGAGUGUGCUUGAGAAACAAGAUCGAACGCAAAAGCAAGUAAGCAAGAAGUUGGGAAAUCAAAACUCCAAAUUCGUCGAGGAGUGGAAGGAGAGCUUCCGGGUAAGAAAGAAGCCAAAACCCCAGUGGUAG